AUGAAGGAGUUGACGAAGCAGAUAAACGCUCUCCGGGACGAGCUGAGACGAGUCAGCAUAUCAGACGAUGCUGGUCAGUCUCUGUGCAGCUCGACUACCAAUAGUAUUAUCUGCGGCCCCGUCAACAAGGCAGCAGCACCCAGACGGCGCUCGGCGUUGCCGUCUUUUACGAACCUCCUUGGCAAGACAGAGUUGCCAAGUGUCUUCGCUGCCGGGCCAACAACUCCGCUUCUGUCGUCUCGUGCACGCCGGCUCACGACGCACCAGCCAAUGCAACAAUCAUGGUCGCAAGAGGCAGCUAAACUGGGCCACUUGUCGGACACACCACACUUGGCCGGAGCAACCGUGCCGAGGCCUCGAAAACGCAUGACCAUCAAUGCCAUCAACCAUGACAGCGUCUCCGGCAUGGCUGGGCAUCUCAGUCUGAAAUGGCAUCGAGGACCGACCUCUUCCGUGACAGCUCAGUCUGGACGUGAACCCUGCGAUGGCCCACCUCGUCUGGGUGGACUCAGUGCUUGGAGGACGGAGCGCAAGCGACGUCGAUUUUCCGAGUUCGUAGCCACUCGGCCACGAAGGGUCUGGCAGGCGCGCAAGCCGGCCAAAGUCGUUUGCUCACACACCCAGUCACAAGUCUCUGCGUCUCUAUGCGAUCUGGUACACUCUCGUCUUCAAGAGGAGGACAGUCAGUAUUUGGCUCCUCCGAGUUUGCCUGAACAAAGUACAAACAAACUGCCUCUUAAAAGAAACAGCCGAACGAGAAGUUACGACAUGCUCAACAGGUCUUCACAGAAGAAGCUACGUGCCGACCGAAAAUAUUCUGAUCCAUUAUGCCAAACGAGAGUAAGUUUAUGA